GCCUUUUCCAACAGGUGUCUAAAUUCUCUCACUCACUCUGAGGAUUUUACACACUUUCAAACCAAACGUCAGAUGAAUGAAACGGAUUUUACGUGUUUUAGAGCUUAAAAUGUCACCGGACUUACUUUCUGCACUUUCUUGAAGAUAUACGCAUGAAGAUACGUUCAUUUUUCAUGACAUCCACGAAAAUAUCUCAUGUUAAUUAAUGUCGUUUCGUACUUUUAGGUAACAGUGUAAGGAAAGGGUUUAUUGUAGAUGCCGAUCAUAACGCAGAGUAGCAUUUUAUUUUUAACGCUUUGCAUUUGUUCAUUAUCCAUAUUGGAGUCUCCUUUUAUCAACCUCUCAUGAGGGUUUGACAUCUAUGAAUGACUUGACUGGGUAUAGGAGAAGCCUGUGACUGAACGACUGUUUUGGUAUUUCAAUAAUGACGAUCACCUCGAGAUCUCCAAACUGAUAACUUGGGCUCGAGUGAAACGGCAUACACUGGAGGACGAUGAAGACAGUUUUAUAUUUUUUUGCUGUUUUGAUCAUCUGGAACUCGGUUUGUGUUAGUGGAAAAGAAUUUCUCGAACCCUCUGAGUCUCCUUGGACUCUGUAUUCUUUGGCAGAGGAUAAUACACGUUUACCCUGUCGAUUCAACACAUCGGACAGCAAGGUUAAGGUAGUACAGGUGAUCUGGAUUCGAGAGAAAUCAAAAGGAGGAGAAGAACAGAUUAUGACUGCCCAUUUCAGGGAAGGCCAGACAGAGAACACUGGAUACGCAGGGCGUGUGCGAUUUGAGAACAGCGAUCCGAUAGCAGAUUCUGCUCUGACACUUAUGGGGACAAGUCCCGCAGAUGAGGGCAAAUACAUCUGCAAGGUUACCACCUUCCCCACAGGAAACUUUGAGACUAAGAUUUCUCUCACAGUCUGGACCAAGCCUAUUGCCUCCCUGGAACCCAUCAUUAUGGUUGAGGGUCAAUCAUACAGUCUGGCUGCUACUUGCCGUUCUGUGGCUAAGCCGAUGGCAGGCCUCUCCUGGGACACAGAACUUCCAGGUCGCAGCAAGAACCACAGCUUUGACGAUGGGGUGGCAUCGAUCCAGUUUUCCCUCCACCCACUUCGUAGCAUGAAUGGCCAGAAGCUGGACUGCCUGGUCUGGCACCCAUCUCAAAAAGGCCCUCACAGGAUUACCAACAACCUUACAGUGCAUUAUCCUCCAAAUGCAUUGAUUUCUGGCUAUGAGGACAACUGGCAUGUUGAUAUGCAAGAGGCCGUGCUACAGUGUAAAGGACAAGGAAAUCCAAAACCAUACCAGUUCAACUGGACUAGGAAAGGUGAAGAUUUACCAGAGAGUGUAACUGUGGAGGGUGGUAUGUUGCGUUUUAGUAGGCCCCUCCGCUUGACAGAUAAAGGAGCCUAUAUCUGCACAACCACCAAUCUAGUGGGAUCUGGGAAAGCUGAGAUUGAAUUAAAUAUAUCAGAAUCAUCUCUGCACGGAACCUCUGUUAAUCUCAUUCUGAUGAUGAUUAUUGGUGGUGUGGCUGCAUUGGUGGUUCUCUUUCUCAUCAUUGUGAUCGUUUCUGUAAACCGCCACUAUAAACGCAAAAAUCAACAGCUGGCCAUAGAACUAAAUGAAAAAAAAGAGGAAAUCAGCACACUAUCAAGACAAGCCUCGUUUAGGAGAGUUCACUCCACUCCUUCGGAAAACAGAUACUCGGAUGACACACAUGCUUUGAGAGUCGAGGGGACUUUACGGACCAGUCUCUCCUCACUGGAUCGUCCUCGCUCUAGGGAUAGUCGUUCCACUUUGGGAGGAUUGGAUUCGCUCGGCCGCCCUGCAAUUUAUAACACUUCAAGAAGAGUUAGAGACAAAAUGAUGGAGAGAGGUGACAGAGAAAGCACUCGAUUGAUGAUGGAAUAUGAGCAGGGCAGUAAUGUAUCACAGGAAACCCAACUUCUCCCUCCUCUCCAUCCCUCUUCCUAUACAAUGGAACAGACUGCUGAAAUGAACCAUUCUCGUAAUGGCAGUGCCAUUCUCUUAGCAGAGGGGAGACCCCAAUCAGGAGCAAGUAGCAGAGGAGGCAGCAGAGGGCAUCAUUCACCCUUAAUAUCCACAUAUCCAGUUCUUACAGAUGAAGAGGAAGGAGAUUCUGUCAGCCCCACAGAUGAAGAUUUGAGAGUUCACAGAGGUUUAAUGGAGCCAGAUGCUUUUGAAAAUGGAGGUAGCGGGACAACCAGUUCUCUGAUAUCAGAGGCACUAUCCAAUCAUUUUGAACGUGCUAAUGGGACACUACGGCCCAAGUCAAAACCCAAUAACAUUCUGCUCCCAGCCAACACCACACUGCUCAUUUCUCCCCACAGCCCACCUAUUCACAAAGCGCAGAUCGUGUAGAGAUCAUGCAUCAUUUGUAUGUUUCAGUAGAUUCCUCUAUAAUAUCACAAUCCAAUGUGAAUGGAUUGUAAAAUGGAUCUGUACCUAAUCUUUUUCAAUACAGAACUAACACCACCUGCUAUUUAAAAAAGAAAAUCAAACCACUUGACUACAUUGUCAAAACUGUGGACUGAAUAUCAGGACAGAAAAGUAAAAAAAGAAAGGUACUUCUCAAAUGGUACCUUAGUUGAACUAUCAACCAAUUGGAAACUGGUCCUUUUGAGUAUUAUGGGGCUUACAUGUGUUUCAGGUACAGUCUAAAGAUCACCAGAGUUAAGCUGGAACCAGGGAAUGGAUUUACUUUUAUUAUUUUUUAAGGCUUCAUUCGAUUCACUGUUGUGGGAGAAAACACUACAUUAUUUCUAAUGCGUCUGGUCAGUUAAUUCUUCACUGUGACUUAAUGUUUGUAAUUCAGACAUCAUGUACAUCUGAUGUUCAAAAAAAAUCGGUAUGUGUCUGUUGUUUAUUUUUGAUCUCUUUGUGUAUGACAAAAGCCACUGCAUGAAUAGUAUUAAUGAAGUAUUCCAGAUCGCCUGCACAAAAUUAAGUGCUGUUGCAUUCACAACAUGUCAUUAUCGUUCUAGAAGUGACAUUGUCAUUGUUUACAACAUUUAUACUUCAUUAUCUCAUAAUACUUUAUUUUAGUUUUGCUACACUUUGUUGUGUUAAAAGUUGUUGAUGUUACUGCUUAGAACCAAAGACAACAAAAUACGAAUCACAAAACAAAUGCAUGGGUUGUGAUGGUAAUUGACAGUUCACUUGAAAUCACUUCAUAAGACAACGCUGGUCCAAAAGAACUUCCUGUUUCAGUUGCUUAACACUGCACACACGUUUGAACAGAAUACCACUGACAGAACAAAACCAAAUCGAUUUUUUAUCUUUAAUGUUUAAUUAUGUGUAAAAUAAAUGUACAUGUUAGUACAGUG